AUGAGGUACGAGACUGACAAUGGUAUAUACGCACAAGAAGAAGGGAUAGUGAGAAAAAUAAACAAGGACAACGUGGACAUAUUAGUUCUAGGAUCCUUCCUCUACACAUCUCCUGAAGGAAAAGAAGUAUCGCUGAAAUACACGGCGGAUGAAAACGGCUUUCAUCCUCAAGGAGACCAUCUGCCGACUCCUCCGCCAAUACCUCCACAAAUUCUCAGAGCCCUGGAAUGGAUAGCAGCGCACCCGUCAAAUCAAUGA